AUGAGCUCGGCUAUUGUGGGCGCUGCGUCGGCGAUUGGAGGCGCCGUGACGGCGGCGACGAGCAACAGUUGGUUCAUACCCAUGCUGAUGGCAGCGGUGGCCUAUUUCCAAUAUGAGGAGAUUAUGGAUCCCGAAUCGAAACCAAGUGAUGUCAGCAGCGAUGAAAUUUUAGAUCAUUAUGAUUUUAUAGUCAUUGGCGCGGGAUCAGCAGGCGCCGUGGUCGCAAAUCGUCUAACCGAAGUGGAGAACUGGAAUGUACUGCUGCUGGAGGCGGGCGGGGAUGAAACCGAGCUAACGGAUGUGCCGCUCAUGGCGGGAUAUCUGCAGUUAUCCAAAAUCGACUGGCAGUACAAGACGGAACCAUCGGGCACAACUUGCUUGGCUAUGCAGGGCGGACGCUGCAACUGGCCGCGGGGCAAAGUGCUGGGCGGCAGUUCCGUGCUGAACUACAUGUUGUAUCUACGCGGCUCCAAGCACGACUAUGACAACUGGGAGGCCUUGGGUAAUCCCAGCUGGAGCUACCGCGAUGCGCUGUACUACUUCAAGAAGUCCGAAGACAAUACGAAUCCCUAUUUGGCUAGCACUCCGUACCAUGCUCAAGGCGGUUAUUUGACAGUUGGUGAGGCGCCCUAUCACACACCCUUGGCUGCGAGCUUUGUGGAAGCGGGCGUUGAAAUGGGUUACGACAAUCGUGAUUUGAAUGGCGAGAAGAUGGGCGGAUUUAUGAUAGCCCAAGGCACCACACGACGUGGCUCACGUUGCUCCACCUCGAAGGCGUUUCUAAGACCCGCACGCUUGCGCCCCAAUCUGCACAUUUCGAUGAAUUCGCAUGUGACGCGCAUUAUGAUCGAUCCGGUGAGCAAGCUGGCCUUUGGCGUGGAGUUUGUCAAGGAUCAGAAGCUUUAUCAUGUGCGCGCCACCAAGGAGGUGGUGCUCUCCGGUGGCGCCGUCAACAGUCCGCAGCUGCUGAUGCUGAGCGGCGUGGGUCCGCGCAAGGAGCUGGCCAAGCAUCGCAUACCGCUAAUCAAGGAGCUGAGCGUGGGUGAGAAUCUGCAGGAUCAUGUAGCGCUGGGUGGACUGACUUUUCUGGUGAAUCAACCCGUGUCCAUAGUGGAGAAUCGAUUCCAUACCAUGUCGACGGUGCUGCAAUAUGCAGUCUUUGGCCAAGGACCACUUACUAUACUGGGAGGUGUUGAGGGAUUGGCUUUCGUCAAUACCAAAUAUGCGAAUAGCUCGCUCGACUGGCCGGACAUUGAGUUCCACUUUGUUUCGGGCUCAACCAAUUCCGACGGUGGCGCACAGCUGCGCAAGGCUCAUGGCCUGACCGACGCCUUCUAUCGCGCCGUCUUUGAGCCCAUCAGUAAUCGCGAUGCUUGGAGCAUUAUUCCGAUGCUGCUGCGACCUCGCAGCGUGGGCAGCAUACGACUGCGCAGCAGCAAUCCCUUCGACUAUCCGUAUAUAUUUCCCAACUAUCUGACGGAUGACUUUGACAUGAAGACGCUCAUCGAGGGCGUCAAGAUUGCUGUCGCGCUCUCACGCACCAAAGCGAUGCAACGCUUUGGCUCGCGUCUCUCGCAGCUGCACUGGCCCGGCUGUGAGCAGCUGAUGCCCUUCACCGAUGCCUACUGGGAGUGCAUGAUACGUCGCUACACUUCGACCAUUUAUCAUCCCGUCGGCACCUGCAAAAUGGGUCCCUACUGGGACAAGGAUGCCGUUGUGGAUGCCAAGCUGCGUGUCUAUGGCGUACGUGGACUGCGUGUUAUCGAUGCCAGCAUUAUGCCCAAGCUGGUCUCGGGUAACACCAAUGCGCCUGUCAUUAUGAUUGCCGAAAAGGGCAGCGACAUGAUCAAAGAGUUCUGGAUCAAAAACACCAUAGUCUGAUAAUAGAAUCCACACUCUCUCUCUCUCUCACUCUGUAUAUUCCUUUCUCUAUAAGUGUGCAUGUGUAUGUGUGUG